UCUCUUUUUAGCCUUUUCUCCCUUUUAAUGAUAAUUAUGAUUCUCUUUUCAAUGCCUCUGUGUUGUGCUCAUUAUGAGUCGAAAACCCCUAUACUUUCCCUCGAACCCUUAAAAUUUUCUUUCAAUCCAAACACCACCCCUUCCCUGUCUAUCUUUUCAUGGAAUUAAAACCGCUGCUUCUCUUCCAAUCUCCACUCUCAAAACCCUAACGCACAUUCACGAAACCCCUCUCCAUAUGGACCCUCGCCGCGGCGCACGUGUGGUCAUCGACCCUAAAGUGCGCCAGGUGGGAUUCUUCGCUCCCGGUGCUUCCCCCGGGCGUACUCAAUCUGGUCCAUCGGAAUCGUCCUCCCCUCCCGUCGCCGACAACUCUCCUACCGGGAACUCUCUCUCCCCUGUCAUGAUCCCUCCCCCCCGCCACGCCUCCGACAACCUCCUCUCCGCCCGUCCGGCUCUCAACCGUCCUCUUCGCCGUCCCGGUGACGCCAUUCCCGUCGGAAGCUACAAUCCCUCCGAGUUCUUUCAUGGCACCUCGCCAACGGCGUCGUUUUAUAGCAAGGUUGGCGACGGGGAGUUCUCCGAGGACGCCUCAGGGGCGGGUUGGACGCAUAGGGGUAAUUCGGGAAAAGUUGCGUCGUCAUUUCCUGGCGGUGGGUUUGAUCUGACGGCGGUGAAGCCGAGUAAUUUGACUACCGUGUCAGUAGUGAAUAUGCCUCCCGGAAUUUCUGUAAAAAGUGGAGGAGCAUCAAUUGAAGUGCAAAAUGAACAACCAGCAAGUUCAAGGUCACUGAAGGAGAAAACAUCAAAAGCUGAAAGGCGUGCACUUCAGGAGGCUCAGAGAGCUGCAAAAGCUGCGGCAAAAGCUGAAGUAAGUAAGGCACCCAUUGCUGCUUCUGGGGUUGCAACUUCAGUUAAUGCAAAACCAGCUAAGGUUUCAAAGCUUUCUUCACAGAAGAAAGAUAGUGCUUCAGUCACAGCUUCUGAGAAAAAGGGUGUUGACCGUCCAUCAGAGAAGGAUAGAAAGAAAGAUGUACCUCAUCCACGCAUGCAAUUUGAUGAUAAGAGUCGAGUGGAGAAGGCAAAAAGGCGUGCAGUAGUAAGGCGAAUUGAAGUUAGGAACAGAGUUGAGUUAUUUAGACAUUUACCUCAGUAUGAACGUGGAACUCUGCUUCCUGAUCUUGAGUCAAAGUUUUUCCUACUUGAUCCAAUGCAUCCUGCUGUUUACAAGGUUGGCUUACAAUAUUUAGCAGGAGACGUAUCUGGUGGCAAUGCUCGUUGUAUUGCAAUGCUUCACGCAUUCCAAGAGGCCAUCAAAGACUAUUCCACUCCACCUGAAAAAACUCUUGUCAGAGACUUAACUGCUAGAAUAAGCAGUUAUGUUUCAUUUCUAAUUGAGUGCAGACCCCUUUCAAUAAGCAUGGGAAAUGCAAUUAGGUUUUUAAAAAGUCGAAUUACCAAGUUACCUUUAUCUUUGUCUGAGUCUGAAGCAAAAGCAAGUCUUCAGUCAGAUAUCAAUCGGUUUAUAAAUGAGAAGAUAGUACUCGCGGACAAAGUAAUAGUCAGGCAUGCUGUAACAAAAAUCAGGGAUGGGGAUGUCCUACUUACAUAUGGGUCUUCCUCUGCUGUUGAGAUGAUACUAUUGUAUGCCCAUGAGCUCGGCAAACAGUUUCGUGUUGUUGUAGUGGACUCCCGUCCAAAGCUUGAAGGGCAACUCUUACUGCGGAGAUUGGUGGGAAAAGGCCUUAGCUGCACAUACACUCAUAUAAAUGCUGUUUCAUAUAUCAUGCAUGAAGUUACUCGAGUUUUCCUUGGGGCUUCAUCUGUGUUGUCCAAUGGAACAGUUUACUCAAGGGUUGGGACUGCAUGUGUUUCUAUGGUUGCUCAUGCAUUCCGAGUUCCAGUGUUAGUAUGUUGUGAAGCAUAUAAAUUUCAUGAGAGAGUACAGCUUGAUUCGAUUUGCUCUAAUGAACUUGGUGAUCCUGAUGCAAUUUCAAAAGUUCCUGGUAGGGAGGAAAUUAACUAUUUGGAUGAUUGGGCGAAGAGUGAAAAUUUGCAGCUUUUGAAUCUGAUAUAUGAUGCAACACCUUCAGAUUAUGUUUCGAUGAUUAUAACAGAUUAUGGCAUGUUUGGAAAGGUGGAAGGCACAACCUAAGGCAUGCCCCUAAGCCCAAGUGAGGAGCAACUAAAGGUCCCACCUACAAGUGUGCCUGUGAUUGUGCGAGAAUACCGGAGAGAGCACUUAUGGAUAUAGAUGGGUCAAAUGAUUCAUGAGGCGUUUCAAUUUUUUGUUCCCAUGCUGAGAUCCAUCUUCCCAGCUGUUGCAGAGAGGACAAUAAGUGUGGAAGAAUUUUCUUGUUAUGUCAUUUCUUCUUAGAUCUCCUUCCCUUUGGAAUAAUUCGUUCUGGUUUUGGAAUUUUCCUUUUCACCUGACUCAGUGAAGAGUGCGAUUCCUUCGCCUCUCCGGGCAGUUUUAGGGAUGCUACUAUCGUAUGUUGUAACGAGUUUUUCCUUGGGUUGUAGACAAUGGUUUCAUAUCACAUGCAAGAAUUUUCUUGCAGGGAAAAAAAAAUUGUGUUUUUAGGUUCUAAAAUC